AUGAACUGCAACGAGCUCCAGGAAAACAGCGUCGGGGAGCGGUACAUGAUCAAGCGGCCCAAGGCACUCCAAUGGUUUCACAACGGCCAAUUGGUCAAGCAGAGCGACGAGGAAAGACAGGCCGGCCGCUUUGAGCUUUUCCUCGAUCUGCUAUACGUCGCCAUCGUCGCCAACUUCAGCGACGACCUCGCCGAGCAUCCAGACGGAAAGCAUCUCGCCAAGUACAUACUCAUCUUUGCCCCAGCAUGGCACAUAUGGGUCGACCUCCGCGAGAUCAUGAACUCGUACUACACGGACGACCUCCUCCAGCGACUCGUCAUCCUCUGGGUCAUGGCGCUGCUUGUCCUGUACGCCAACAAUGCUCGUCUCGUUGAUGAGGACCUGUCCGCGAUGCAAACUACCGCCGGAGCUUAUGUUGUUGCUCGGUUCACUACCAUGUGUGCGUUUCUCGUGUGUUCUUUUGCGAGCUAUCAGCAUCGCGCGCAGGCUCGAAUCCUGGCCUUCUUCAUGAGCAUCGGCCUCUUGAUUACCAUCCCGCUCUUCUUUGAAGACGUCACCAUCGAGGCCAAGAUUGCCGUCGUUGCAGUCUUAAUCUUUUAUCAGGAAGUUACCUGGUCAAUUACAUUGAGCCCAUGGCUCAAGCGCAGACUCAAGCUCACAUACAGCACCGCCGUCGACAUUGCCCACGAGAUCGACCGUAUGGCGGCCUUCUUCAUCAUCAUCCUCGGCGAGUUCGUCUACAGCGUCAUUGUCGGAGACCCAGCAGGCGUUGGCCUGACAAAAGGCUAUGCGAAGGCUGUCUUUACGCUCAUCAUUGCUUUUUGUCUCAAUUGGAUCUAUGUUAGUGGUGACGGGAGCUUGGAGGCGACGCAUCCGAUCCGACGAUCUGCGUGGACGGCUUUUGCCUUCUUCUUGCUUCAUUUACCGCUCUCAGCGUCGUUCCUCAUCGGCGGGCACAUUGCUGCUAUUAGCACACGGCUGGAUGAAUUCGAGCAAGGCCAGCGGUGGCUUUUGGGAGGAGGGCUAGGCGUGGGGAUGUUUUGCCUCUGGAUCUACGGCAUGUUAUAUCGGACGCAUGACGAGGACUGCUUGAUUCUGUCAAAGACGCCUCGCGUAGGGAUGCGGUUGGUUGUUGCCAUCAUUCUGGUUGCGUUGCCUGCGACGAAUGAUGGGUUGUAUACGACGAGCUUCAUGGCUGUUGUCAUGUCGCUUUUUGCGUUUUUGGUUAUUUGGGAGACUGUUGGAGGCCUUCUCAAGGGGGCCCAGGUCUUUGAGCCUUGGACGGAUCGACACGCGCCAGCGAGUGAUACCGAGGAAGAGGAGAGGUUAGUAUGA